AUGUCGGGCGUUUCAGACGGAACGCUGGCUUAUGUCAGUAGCUUUGUAAAUACACUGCUUAAUAUUUCCGAGGAUCAGGCUUCCUUGCAUCGAGUGUGUGACGUGUAUUGCGAUGACGCCAGAGUCACAUUUCAAGUUACGCCCUAUAUUCUGGACAAAACAGCUACCAGCGACCUGCCUAACCGAGAGACUCGCAAAAAUUACACUCGUGAUGAUAUGCUUCCAUACCUACUAGUUUCGUCCAGCCUUCUUAAAGGCUCGUGGCCAUUGCCGUCUUGGGCAUGGGCUACUGAUUGUCAAACUGGUGAAAAAAAUUUGGACAAAAAGCGCCGGAAGGAGCAGCGCUCCAUUCAGCAAUUUCAAUCUGAAAAUGAAAGACGAAUUAAAAAAUCCAUUCGGAGGAGAAGAUUUACCUCAAUCAGUGAAUUUCAAGGCAGUCACUCCAUUCAAUUUUUUGCCGCUAACUCAUGGGAAGUUGAACAGCUGUAUUCUCUAGUCCCACGGCUCUUAGCAAUACGCGAUGACUCGACCACUACCAUAGACAUUGUUGAGUCCGGUCCAUUUGGCGUGUUGUUUAGGUUAACAACACUUGCUCUGGAAAUACCUUUACCCGUGCCCCGUAAGGAGCCUCUGGUCCCCCAGGUGCCACUUGUUCGUUGGGUCCACCGGACAAUCAUUCUCCGGCCUCCACCCAUUGACAAAAUAUGCCAUGAGGACGUCUGCGUUAUCCCCGUCUCCGAAACAGCGCAAGAGGUACGUCAUGCGCCCACUUUCUCUGGAAACAUGCAUAUAAACGUCGACUUCAUAUGUCUACGACAACCAUAUCUCUCGCUUGCCUGCCUUUAA